UUGGUUAAAUUUUUUGAUAUUAUUUUUUAUAGUUACGAAAUGAAGCCGCCGUACAAAAUAGCUGACUUGGGCUUAGCAGAGUUGGGCCGCAAUGAAAUCAUGCUGGCAGAAAAAGAAAUGCCUGGUCUUAUGGCUUGUCGUCGUAAAUAUGCACUUGGCAAGAUUCUUAAAGGAGCUCGAAUAGCUGGCAGUCUUCAUAUGACAGUACAGACUGCGGUAUUAAUAGAAACUCUGAUUGAAUUAGGAGCAGAAGUUCAAUGGUCAAGUAGCAAUAUAUACAGCACCCAGGAUGAGGCAGCAGCUGCGCUUGUGGCUAGAGGGAUUCCUAUUUAUGCCUGGAAAGGUGAAACUGAAGAAGAGUAUAUAUGGUGUAUUGAACAAACACUUAUUUUCCCUGAUGGUAAACCAUUGAACAUGAUUCUAGAUGAUGGAGGUGACUUGACCAACUUGGUACACACAAAGUUCCCUCAUCUUUUAGAAGGUGUGAAAGGCAUUUCUGAAGAAACAACUACAGGAGUACAUAAUUUAUACAAAAUGUUCCGUGAAGGUCAUUUGAAAGUGCCUGCAAUUAAUGUCAAUGAUUCAGUGACUAAAAGCAAAUUUGAUAAUUUGUAUGGAUGCAGAGAAUCGUUGUUAGAUGGAAUCAAAAGAGCCACAGAUAUAAUGAUUGCAGGCAAAGUAUGUGUAGUUGGUGGUUAUGGAGAUGUUGGAAAGGGAUGCGCUCAAGCUUUUAAAGGUUUUGGAGGCAGGGUUAUUGUUACUGAAAUAGAUCCUAUAAAUGCACUACAAGCAGCAAUGGAAGGUUUCCAAGUAACAACAAUGGAAGAAGCUGCUGAAAUAGGUCAAAUAUUUGUGACUACAACAGGAAAUAUAGACAUUAUUUGCAAGGACCAUUUUCUAAGAAUGAAAGAUGAUGCUAUAGUUUGUAACAUUGGCCAUUUUGACUGUGAAGUUGAUGUUGCUUGGUUGGAUAAAAAUGCAAAAAAAGUAAAUAUUAAGCCACAUGUAGAUCGCUAUGAGCUAGAAAAUGGAAAUCAUAUUAUCGUUCUUGCCGCUGGAAGACUUGUUAAUUUAGGAUGUGCUACAGGUCAUUCAUCUUUUGUUAUGUCCAAUUCAUUUACUAACCAGGUCUUAGCGCAGAUUGAGUUAUGGACAAAACAUAAUGCAUAUCCUAUUGGCGUCCAUACACUACCUAAAAAAUUGGAUGAGGAAGUGGCUGCUCUUCAUUUAGAUCACUUAGGUGUCAAGCUUACUAAACUUACCCCCAAACAAGCCAAAUAUAUAGGUGUACCAAUUGAUGGACCAUUCAAACCAGAUCACUACAGGUACUGA